UAUAUAUAAAUCGGUGAGCCAUCUCAUUCGAGAUGGCGAAUGCAACUGCAGCAGCAGCAACUGCAGCAGCAGAAGCAGCAGCAGCAGCAACAACAACAACAACAACAACAACAGUUACAUCAGUAGUAUCCGUUAAUAAAGAAAAACAGAUCGAACCGAUGAAAUUGAAAGAAGAAGAAAUAAUAUCAAGGAUACCAUGGAAAUCAAUGACAAUACGUCAAAAAUGGACACUUUUAACGAGCAACAUAACAGUCGAACCAAUGAUAGCAUGUUACGUGAUACCAAGUAUGUUGGCAUCAUUGGCAACGCAAAAUUUAAAUUUAGAAAAAGCUUGUCGAGUCAAUUUGGCAUAUUCCGAUGAGAUUUGUACGAAUUUGGCAAUAAGAAAUACGACAGGUUUGGAGAAUGAAGAAACAGCUGUGCAACAAUUGGUCGCCGGUAUGCAAACGUGGAAAACAGCAUUGCAAAGUGGUCUACCAAUAUUAUUGAUAUUGUUUAUGGGAGCGUGGAGCGAUAAAACUGGUUAUAGGAAACCGUGUAUGUUGUUACCAAUUGUUGGAGAAUUUUUGAGUAGUGUCAGUUUGAUAGCAUGCACUUAUUGGUUUUACGAAUUACCGAUGGAGGCUACCGGUGUUUUGGAAGCUUUAUGGCCUUCAUUGGCUGGUGGUUGGUUUACAAUGUUUAUGGGUGUAUUCAGUUAUAUCGCAGAUAUAACCUCGAUUGAAUCAAGGACAUUGAGAAUAGGUGCGGCUAAUGUUUUCUUUUCACUUGGCGUACCAAUAGGUAUGGCCCUAUCCGGUGUUUUGUAUAUGAAACUUGGUUUCUAUGGUGUAUUCAGUAUAUCUAUGAUUUGUUAUGUCAUGAGUUUCGUAUACGGAUUGGUCGUUAUAAAAGAACCACCAAGACCAAUUAAUAAACAAAUUGACAAAGAUAAAUUUAUUGAUAAGAAUAAUAAAGUAUCAUUCCUUGCCUCGGCCAAGGACUUUUUUUCAUUGAAACACAUAGAAGAAACUUUCAGCGUUGCAUUCAAAAAGGGUGCCAAUAAUAGACAGAAAAGGGUCAUCAUGCUUAUGAUCAUUGUUAUGGUCGUCAUUGGACCAUUGUAUGACACUUAUGGAGACCUAAAUAACUGA